AUGUUUGCACACCAAACGGAACAGUCUAGUGGUUCGGUGGUUUUAGAUAUCAUUCCGCCGCAUUACGUAAGCAGUAGUAUUCAUCAUGGUCAACCCAGCCCACCGCAGUCCCCCAACACACCAACAAAUAACUAUAGAUCUGAUUGUGCCAGUCCUGUGGGUUCUGCUGACUUUAACAAAAAUACGCCAACUAGUCCUAAUUCAAACGAUCCAAACAUCCGACGGUAUAGGACAGCAUUUACUAGAGAACAAUUGGCGCGUUUGGAAAAGGAGUUUUUCAAAGAAAAUUAUGUAUCCAGGCCUCGUAGAGUGGAAUUAGCAGCCCAACUGAACUUACCUGAAAGCACAAUAAAGGUGUGGUUUCAAAAUAGAAGAAUGAAAGACAAAAGACAACGAAUGGCAAUUGCUUGGCCUUAUGCUGCAGUCUAUAGUGACCCGAUUUUUGCGGCAUCGUUACUUCAAGCAGCCGCUUCUACAGUUCACUAUCCUCCACCGUCUGCAAUGUAUCCGCCUCACUACCACAGGUAUUCACCUUACCCUACCUUCGGUGGAGUUUCAAUGGCAAAUCCAGGACUCUUGCAUCACCCAUCAAACGUAGGCUUUAAUCCAAAUUCUGGGGGUCCUGGAUUACCCCCAGGCUUAUCGCAAAAUCAACUUCCCCAAGGGUUGAAUAUCAAUUUAAAUUUUGGUGAUAUGCCAUCGUAUCAACAAAUUCACCAAAAAAUUUCUCCGACCGAUUCACAUCAAUCGCAUCGUUCCGAAAUUAGUUUAAGUCCGCCAGUGCAUGACAACUUAUUGAUGCCAGCAGUGAAGAUGCCGCUUCUACAAACUCAGUUACCUAAUGUAGAAAAACCAAAACUAUUUCAACCAUAUAAGUCGGAAUCGUAAGCUAUUGGAUCUGUAUGUAAAAUAUUGUAAAUUAUUACUAACAAUAAUGCCAAAGACAGUGUAUCUACGUAUUUUCUCUCAGUGAUAAGUUGAUUAAUAUGUUAAGCUUAUAGAGCUGAAAUUGUACAUUUCUAGAUAAUAAAAUUUAGGUUGUCUUACAAAUACCUAUAUUGUUGUUUAUUUUAUAGUAGUUAAGGCAUCAUCAAAAUAUCUUUAUAAGCC